CGGACCUGUCAAUCAUCCGGUCGGUGCCCUUUGAUCGUCGGGACUCCUCUCCUUGCGUUGGGCUCAAAUGAGCUGUUUGCUGUUGUAGGGAAACAUUAGCGCUCCACCAAGCAGCCAGCCGGGGGGACGACACAUCUCAACUUUUUCUUUUCUUUUCUCCCCUGUAUGUGGCGGAGGGGUUUUGGACACUUCGGAGGCGCAACACACUGAGGACAUUUAACAGAAGAAAAGUCGCGUCAUUCUUUUCUUUAUUUAUAUUUCAUUUUUUGGGGUAUUAUUUCUUCAAAGUGUGUAUAUACAUAUAUACAUCGCAAAAGGGACGUGGGAGAAGCAGACAUGCCUCAGCUCAGCAGCGGCGGCGGGGACGACAUGGGAGCGAACGAUGAGAUGAUUGCGUUCAAAGACGAAGGCGAGCAAGAGGAGAAAAUACAAGAAAACGCGUUCACGGAGCGAGACCUGGCCGACCUCAAGUCCUCUCUGGUGAACGAGUCGGAAAUAAAUCAGAGUCCGCACGCAGCGGCGGUCAGACGGGGACAGCAGGGCGAGCAGAGGGGCUUCCCAGAAAAACACCGGGAGCAUCUCAACGGAGUGUCGAAGCAGCACGAUGGAGGCAUGUACAAGACGCCAGCGUACCCGGGGUAUCCGUUCCUGAUGCUGCCGGACCCCUACCUCCCCAACAGCUCGGUGUCUCCAUCUUCCAACAAAGUGUCGGUGGUGCAGCAGUCUCACGGGAUGCACCCGCUGACGUCCCUGCUGCCCUACAGCAACGAGCACUUCAGCCCGAGUCCUCCACACCUGCCCACCGACAUGAGCCAGAAGACAGGAGUUCACAGGCACCAGUCCCAGGACCUCUCAGGGUACUACUCCCUCCCUCCAGGCGGCGUCGGCCAGAUCCCUCCCUCCAUGGGCUGGCAGAGCCAGCCGGUCUACCCGGGCCUGUCCCCCUGUGGAUUCAGGCAGCCCUACUCGUCCAACCUCUCCAGCGCCACCUCCUACUCCAGGUAUCGUAGCCCUCCGCUGGCCGGGACCGAGCCAGCAAAAACAACAAGCUACGCUCUUGCAUCAUCGACUCCUGUUUAUAGCACAUUCAGGUUCCCUCACUCUCUGAUGCUGGGCCCGUCAGGCAUGCAUCCCACAGGGAUCCCCCACCCAGCCAUAGUGCCCCCUACAGGCAAACAGGAGCACGACCACUAUGACAGGGGCAUGUACAUGAAGCCGCAUGUGGAAGCCAAGCGGGAGAAGGAGCCCAAGAAGCCGGUCAUCAAGAAGCCCCUGAACGCCUUCAUGCUCUACAUGAAGGAGAUGAGGGCGAAGGUCAUCGCAGAGUGCACAUUAAAGGAGAGCGCCGCCAUCAACCAGAUCCUGGGACGAAGGUGGCAUGCACUGACCCGGGAGGAACAGGCCAAGUACUACGAGUUGGCCAGGAAAGAGAGACAACUCCACAUGCAGCUCUACCCAACCUGGUCUGCCAGAGACAACUACGAGGCGGGCCUUAGCGGGGUCGCAGGGGAAAAGAGUAAAGCUGAUUGGGGCAAAAAGAAGAGGAGAAAAAGGGAGAAGCUGCAGGACUCCAAUACAGACCCGGGCUCUCCUAAGAAAUGCCGGGCUCGCUUCGGCCUCAACCAACAAACGGACUGGUGCGGUCCCUGCAGGAGGAAAAAGAAGUGCAUUCGCUACCUUCAAGGAGGAGGCUGCCCCAGCCCAACUUCUUCAGAUUUAAGUGCUAUAGACUCUCCGCCCUCCCCGACCCACCACCACCGUCUGUACCAGCACCGGCUCCCCCUCUCCCCGGGCUGCUCCCCACCACCCACCUCCCCAUCCGCACACCUCCCCUUGUCACCGCCGACACACGCGCGCUCGUCGCACAACACGCGCCCGCCCCUGCUGCUCUGUCAGCCCACGACCAAACGCACCCACGCGCCGACCGGCAAGCAGACACACUGCUCCACGGCAGCGCUGUCAGCCGCCAAGGCCGCAGGACUUUCUCUCAAAGUGCUAACAGAGUCUCAGUGAUCCUGAACCCCCGUUCACCUCAGCUUCCUCCAGAGCCGUGAAGAUCAUCUUCCUCACCUGCCUUCAUGCUCAUGUGGUUCGCUUUUUGUUUUAAUUAAAAGCCAAUAUUAAAUAGUGACUGAGGGUCAUCAUCCUCGCCUGAUGGAGUCCCCGUUCAGAGGCUGGAUCCUCCAGAAUCUGCGCUUUUAGACAGAAGGCAAAUCCUCCUUCAAGUGGUCAAUUAUUUAAUCAAGCCUUCAGGUAAUCUGUCUGGAAAUAUCUGUCAGAUCUGUAGCUCUCCAAUCACCGGUAAAUUAUUACCAGCCGGGACACGUUUAACCUAAUCAUACUGUAAAUUUGUGACUUCCUGGUCAUGAACUUAAAUGUGUUAGAAGUUGGAGGAGGAACACCCGAGUGUCUGAGAGUCUGUGAGGCUGAACUGCUUCAUCUGUCCGGUGGUCUGCUCAAUGAGCCACAUGGUUGGGAGGAUCCAGCCUCUGACUUUGGUGAAAAUCAAAGAAUAAUCUGUGGUUCUUUGGCUCCAUCUGCUGCAGUUCAACUCAAAUGACGCGAUUAGUUUUGCCUCUUGAGAAUCACUUUGACAAAUAAAAACUCCCACUCUGUGCUCUUUUUAUUUUAGUUUCUUCAAAACCGGCCCUGUGCUUUGACCUCCAUGACAAUCACAAACACAAAGGGUUGUAAAUGAGCUCUUCGUUCAACGCAGACUCUUCUUCAGUGUCAUGACAUUUACACUCUUAUCCCGACUUCGGGGGGUUUAGGGAAACUUUCCACUGUCGCUCAGACCAAACCAGACUAACAAGCAGCCAUUCUGACCAGCAGAACCUCAGAGAAGGACAGACUCACUAUUUUUAGCUGCCAUUUUGUUUAACAGUUCGACUUCAGUUACAUUCCAUUUCCAAAACCUUUUUAUAACUAGCUGUGCAAGACAUUUUCAGCAGGUAAACAGUUCUCCUUCAUGACAAAAGUAUCCCCAACAGCAAGUUACAUUAUCUCUUUUAGGCACUAUAUCAUGUUACAUUUUUUGUUCCGUUUUCUCAUUUCUGUACGAACCUCGUGAUUUUCACGGUCAGGUGUUUAGCUGGUGGGGAACAAUCAGAGAAAGGAUUUUUAUGUUUUUCUUUGAACAUUUUUGCAGCUCCGUAAACUAAUCUGAGACAAAAUGGGUACUAUCAUAUUGCAUUGUUGUAAAGUUUUAUAAAUGUUGGAAUUCCCUAUUAUAAUUACACUUUUAUAUGUUUUUAUGUAAAAAAAUUAAAAAUGAAAUAGAUAAAAAAUAAAAAAAGAUUUUAGUUGCUGCCAUUUCUUAUAGCAAUACAUUUUGUGUUUGUCCUUUUGUGCAGAAUUUAACUUUGUUUGGGUCAAGUGUUACAGCAGCAGCGUUCAAAUAUCUUGUGUUCUCAACCCGUGCAUGUUCCAACUUCAAUGUUACAAAAAGGCUUUAAUUUCCUGUUCAGCUUGCAGCUCCACACUCGGCAUAUGUGUACAGCAAACCUGUUUUACUCCAGCAGCGAGAGCUCUUGUGCUAGAAAUAGCUUGUUUAAUUUUGACGUCAGUAGCGGAAUCACCUCGAAGAUGUCAUUUGUAUUUUUUACGCCUCUGAUGUAUUACAUGUUUUUUGUUCGAUGUAUUAAAGUGUUUAACAUCUUU